AUGUCAGAAUACGCAAACUUAUUACCAAAAAGUGGUCAAUGGAAACAACAAAUAACAGAUUUUUUAUCAGAAGAUGUUCCAUCAUUUGAUUUUGGAGGUUUUGUGGUUGGUGCAAAACCUGAAACUGCUUCAUUAUAUAUGAAACAAGAAGGUUUAAUAUGUGGUAUACCGUUCGCUGCAGAAGUUUUUAAACAAUGUAAUUUACAAGUGAAAUGGAAUUACGACGAAAAGACGUACAUCACAUUGGAAGAAUUAAAACAAACAAAUGGGAAAAUUGCUAUAGCUUCAGUAAGUGGACAAGCUAAAAAUAUAUUAUUAGCUGAAAGAACUGCAUUAAAUUUAUUGGCAAGAGCUUCUGGAGUAGCUACUCAAUCUUACAUCACCAAGAAAUUAGCCGACGAGAAUGGAUAUACUGGAUUAAUAGCAGGUACAAGAAAAACCACUCCCGGGUUAAGAUUGAUUGAAAAAUACGCAAUGUUAGUUGGAGGAGUAGAUACUCAUAGAUACGAUUUAAGUUCAAUGGUAAUGUUAAAAGAUAAUCAUAUAGCAUCUACUGGUAGUAUAACACAAGCUGUUAAAAAGGCCAAGACAGUUUGUGGAUUUGCAGUUAAAAUUGAAGUUGAAGUAAGCACUGAGCAAGAUGCUCGCGAAGCUAUUGAUGCUGGUGCGGAUGUGAUCAUGUUGGAUAAUUUUAAAGGUGAAGAGUUAAGAAAAGUUGCUCAAUCUUUAAAGAAACAUUAUGAUGGAAGUAACAAGGCGUUUUUAUUGGAAUGUUCUGGUGGAUUAACUUUAAAAAAUUUGAGUAGUUAUCUUUGCAAUGAUAUUGAUAUUUAUUCAACUUCUUCAAUUCAUCAAGGUACUGGUAUAAUUGAUUAUUCGUUGAAAAUUGAUGUAUGA